AUGGGUCGGACGGCGACGAAACCCGCCGCCGUCAGAAGGGGCAGUACCAAGUCCGCGAAAAACCACACCUUCCAAUCCUUCACCCAAAAGCUGCAGGAUCUCAAAAUCGACCCGACAAAAAAGGUCCGCCGCCGGGUGCUGGACGAGGCAUCCGAGAGCUCGUUCUUCCGCAGCGCGCUGGAGAAAUGGAUCGAUCUGAAUUUGUCUACUACGUUCGUGGAAUUGUUUGUCCGGCCGGUGCGGCCGCUCUCGGAAUCGCUGCCGCACAUCUUGCAUCACAAAGAGAGGAUUUUUGGCUUGCUCGUUGACGGGAUCAAGACUAAGGAUGUCAAUGCGCUUGAGCCGUUACUGGAUCUGCUCACGCAGUUCGCGCAUGAUCUUGGGGUGGAAUUUGGAGGGUUUUUCGAGGAGAGUGUGGCGUUGUUGGCGGGUUUGGUUGUGGAGGGCUUUGUGGAGGCGCAAGUUGUCGAGUGGGUGUUUGGAGCGCUGGCGUAUCUGCUAAAAUAUCUUUCGAGAUUGCUCGUGGGAGAUCUCAGGCCGCUGUUUGGCGUUGUUAGGGGCAUGCUUGGCCGUGGUGGUGGGAGGGGGUUUGUGAGGAGGUGUGCGGGUGAAGCUGUCGGGUUCUUGAUUAGGAGUGCUAAGGCGGAGGUGGUUAAGGAUCUGGUUAGGGCUGUGUUCGAAGACCUUCGGGAGUGUGACGGGGCUUGGGUUCCUGGGUAUACGGAGGGAUUGAUGGGGUUAUUUAGGGAGGGGUGCGUGGUGGGUUUUUUUCGUCCUGGGAGUGAGGGGCAGUAGUGGAGGUGUGAAUAGCUAAUUGGAAUUUUAGGGCGUUGAUCGGGGGUUACAUUCUAAAGCACCGGUAGUGAUGGAGUCGCUAGUACAAGUCGCGAAAGAGUUGGGUGAGGAUAUCGGUGGUCGAUGCUUCAAAAUUAUUGAAGGUGUUUUAAUAUCGCUCAUUCACCACACCAAUAACGAAACCUUCCGUCCAGCUCUACAAGUCAUAUACGCUACCAACAACCUCGGCGAUGGAUUGAGUACUCGUAUGUCUGCACGCCUCCUUUACAUAUGCCUCACCGUCCGAAAAGGAAACCGUAUCGCGGACUGGGGUAGCGCCGGUGAGGUUGCGGUUGCAAACGUUCGGGCCGCUGUGAAACUUUUGGACGAAAGCAACGACGGAGAGGGCGUCAGGGAGACCAUGUGGGAGUCGCUUAAGGCCACGGCAAUGGUGAUGCAAACCGCCGAUAUGGAGGUCGUCAUUUCCCGGCUGAGACGGGUAAUGGAUUCUGUCAAGGAGUUCCAAGGCGGGCAGCUGUUCUUGCCGUUUUGCGAGUUUUUGGCAGACACGGGGGUGGAGAGGUUUAGGGCUUUUGCGUUGCCGUAUUUCCAGAGGUAUGUAGUGGGGCGAGUUUGUGAUUCUAGGAGCAAUGCUAAGGAUUGAGGGGAUUAGGUUUAUUACUUCCAAGUGGACGAUAGCAGAGGAUAGCCUACUAUAUUUGAUUCCGAAGCUGAGUGCGAAUGGAUCACUCAUUCCUUCCAGUGACUCUGAUAGGACUACUAUGAUGGGGGUUCUGGGAGAUAAAUCCCCGGUGACGACUGGGGUAGCGAACAAUAUUCAGGGAUUUUGCAAGAACCUUGAGGUUGGCGGUGAUCGGGAUGCCCUGAGGGCUCGCGCGACGAGGAUUUGGGAGUAUCUUGAUGUUAUACUUUCGCUGUCGGGUAGUCUUCAGGGAGAGCAGCUUCCUGGUUGCCUUGUUGAUCCUCUGGAAAAAUUGCUCAAUGGCUUAUUUUCGUUACCAGAGAAUGCCGAGUUCGCGGCGUUGGUGGGAAAGGUACUAACGGUGUCCUCUAAGUAUCCAUCAAUGGGAUCGCGGGGUCUGGAAGAACCACUAGCUGUAGUAUUCCCGAAAUUAGCAGACAAUGCUCUAUUCCUCCAGGGCGUUAUCGACUUUUUCUCCCUCUCAACAGCCGAGAAACUUACAGACAGCGCCCUCGUUUCCAUGGUGGACAAACUAAUAACCAGCCUCUCCAGUUCCUCCCAUGACAUACGCUCACACUCGCUGCGGUGUCUUGAACUCCUCCGUGUUGCUACAAGCCCCCAGAGGCAAGUCUCAAGCGUCAUCAACACCGCACAGAUAAUCGAGAGCACGCCAUUAGAAAUAUCCAAUGCAAGGAAUAUAUCGCUCUACAUCCGGAGGUUAGCAGGCGAAUAUUCUUCCGUCGCAAUGGGGUCUUGGGAAAGUCGGAUUGUGCCGCAUUUUUGCUUUGGUUUGUUAACGGUGCACUUUUCACCAGUGUGGGAUGAUGCUACUUCUGUACUUUUGAGGGUUGCUGAGCGCGAUGAGGAGGUGGUGGCUAUGCUUUCAUUUGAGUGGUUGGAGAGACAGCGCGGGGUAUCCCCCGAGGUGAGCGAUAGCGGAACCAGUGAGAGUGGGAAGGCCCCAUUGAACUGUUUUGAGUGCUCGAAUUUCAAUAUGGUCGAGGCGGUUGCGGAUGAGUGUGUCAUGGGCGGGCCCGAAGCUAUGGCAGAUUUGAAGAGGCAGUACGCUGAGGUAUGUUGACUCCUUGAUACCCUAGGGGAUGUCUUUUGCUAACUGUUUAGGCUUUGAGAAUAUCGACGUUAUCCACCUCGGUAGCCCGAAUGCAGGCUUUGAAAGUCCUCGCAAAAAUCCCGCGCGUCGCGGAAAAGCGGGGCAGGAAGUUGGUACCCAUGUUCCUUGAGUGGUCCACCUUUGAGGGCGCGGAAGAGGGCGAGGAUGAAGAGGAGGCUAAGGCUCCAUCUAAAUGGCUAAGAAAAGAGCAAUCCGCUAUGUUGACAUUGUUCACUAAAUUCACAAAUCCCCGAUCAUUAUAUAAAUCUGACGCAGUAUAUCCUGCACUUCUAUCCCUACUCACCUCUGGAGACCCGAAGGUUCAGGCACUAUCGCUUAAGUGCAUAUUUACUUGGAGAAUCCCCGCUAUACGAGCAUACGAAGAUAAUCUUAAUAAUUUACUCGAUGAUACGAGGUUCCGUGAUGAGGUCACGCACUUUGUACAGAUCGAUGAAGACGAGUCCAUGAUCCAGGAUGACCACCGGGAGGCUCUCAUGCCUGUCUUGCUGCGAUUACUCUAUGGACGAAGUUUAUCUAGAAAGGGCGCAACGUCCGGAAAGAAGGGCAUGGAAUCCCAAAGGAUGGUCGUCCUAGCUUCACUAGCAAACUUUAAACAAUGGGAGCGCGAGCUGUUCAUUGACAUUGCACUUGGAGAUCUUGCGGAGGCAUCUGGACAGUUCAUCGAGAAGAGCCCUGGGAAGUACAUCCUUCAUAUGGCAGCGCUCGGCACUGCCCAUAUGCCAAACAGGAAGCAGAUGGGUUUUGUGAGGAUGACUAAGGAUAUGAUCCGCCAGUUGGGGUCCACGCUUUUGCCGUUUAUGGAGAAGAUUGUGGAUGCUUCUCUGUAUUGUCUAGUCAUGGCUACAAAUACCAUUAAUUCCCGGGAGAAUAGCAUGGACGAGCGGGAGGAUGCUCUUGCAGUGAAGGCUGCUCGGGCGAUUCGUCAAGAGGGGUUUAAGUGUUUGGGUGCGUUGUUUAGUAGUUGUCCUAUGUUUUCAUGGGCACAUUAUAUGCCGGCUAUUUUCGAUGCGUUGGUCACCCCCCGGCUAGAUGCUCUCCCCGUAGAGACCUCCCAGGGUCCUUCCGGAUUGCUGCGGCUAUUCUCCAUAUGGGCGAAUUCCAAGGACACUGUCAUGUUUCUGGCAGACUACAACCCAACAGUGUUCUCCAAGAUAGCAGCGUGCCUCGCAAACAAGAGCGUAAAAGACGAAGUCGUCCUAUUCAUCAUUAACAUGGUCGAACAGAUUGUCUCACUCGUGGACUCGGAAGGCGGCGUCGGACCAAGGCUACUGGAACCAAAUGUCGACGUCCUAUUAGUCAACCUAGGCGGCAUCCUGCGCAAGAGCCCCAGUAAAGAAGUUCUUGAACAGGCUGUUGAAGCGAUUUCUCUAAUCGCGCCGUUCGUGUCGGGCGAUAUGGAGACUACGCACUUGGUGGAGAUUUCGGUCUUCUUGCUACAUCAGCCAUCGCGGAGGGUUAGCCCUAAGACAAAGAGUGAUAUCCUCACGAUUUUAUUACACUUCCUUCCUUUAUGCGUUAUGGAUAAGGGGAGCAAGUUGUAUGAAGAUGCUUUCCGAUGUGUGUCUUCUCUAUUCGGGUUCUUUAAAGAUAGAAAGAGUAGAGAGACGUUGGCAGGUGUACUCAAUGUGUUCGCCGAACGGGACGAGGAGCUCGUCCAAGUCGCGGAAUUAUCUAGACAACUCAACUCCUUCUCCGGUAGAAGGCUCGACGAGCCAGACUUCGAGCAACGCCUUCGGGCGUAUGGUAAGAUUAACGAGGACCUCUACCUACAGUUCUCGCCAAAACAGUGGAUGCCACUCAUAUUCAACAUGCUCUUCUUCAUCCGCGAUAACGAAGAGUUGGCAAUCCGCACGAACGCCUCAUACGCACUCAAGCGCUUCGCCGAGAGUUGCGGGCAGAAAUUUGAAACCGAAGAGAGGGAGGCGUACCUCGGGAUUCUGUCGGAAACUCUCAUGCCUGCACUGACAAACGGCGCUCGUGAGCAAUCUGAGCUUGUACGGAUGGAGUACGUCGCCGUCGUAGCUCACAUAGUCAAAGAAUGUAGUAUCUGGGAAGAAGCCGGAGACAUGAAAGCACUCCUUGUCGGCAAUGAUGAGGAAGCUAACUUUUUCAACAACAUCCUUCACAUCCAGCAGCACCGCAGACUCCGCGCGCUACGAAGACUGACUCUCACUUCGCAGAGGGAGAGCAUCCGGAGUUCGAAUAUCGUACACUUUUUCUUGCCCCUAGUCGAGCACUUUAUCUUUGAUCAGGCGGAGGACGGGCAUAAUCUUGCCUCCGAAACGGUGGUAACUAUUGGAGCAUUGGCGGAGCAGUUGACGUGGACGCAGUACCGUGCGCUGUUUAGGCGGUAUACGGGAUACCUAAAAUCAAAGCCGGAGUUGGAGAAGAUUGUCGUUCGGUUGAUAGGCACGGCCGUGGGUGCGCUGGUUCGUGCUGCCUCUGCGAAGGAGAGGGCUGCGAUAGCGGUGAAGGAUGGGGAUGGAGAUGUUCCGAUGGGCAGUCCUAUGGGCCGGCUCGCGGAGUCGCUGCCGGAGCAGCAGACCCUGGCGGAAGAUAUUUGCAAGGGGUUCCUAUCACCAUUGAAGGAGUACCUGCAUCAGAAGGAAGAGUCGACGGUUAGCUUGAGGAUUCCGAUCGCUGUUUCAAUAGCGAAGUUACUGAAGCUUAUGCCUGAUGAUAUGCUUCGGCUUCGACUACCCCCUGUUCUCACGGACGUGUGCCAUAUUCUCCGAAGCAGAUCUCAGGAAUCAAGGGAUAUGACUCGGAAGACGUUAACGGAGAUUACUACGCUGCUAGGGCCGCAGUACUUUGAGUUUGUGCUUAAGGAGCUGAGGGGUGCUCUUUUGCGUGGUUACCAAUUGCAUGUGCUGUCAUUCACUAUGCACUCGAUUCUUGUCUCUGUUGCGCCGACGUACCCUCCGGGCGCUCUAGACUAUUGCGUCAGUGAGGUGGUGUCUGUUGUUAUGGACGAUAUCUUCGGCGUUACGGGUAUGGAGAAGGAUGCGGAAGGAUAUAUUAGUAAGAUGCGGGAGGUUAAGAGUAGUAAGAGUUAUGAUUCUAUGGACCUUAUGGCGUCGAUGACCACACUUCCGUACUUGGGGAACCUCGUUCGGCCUAUUGGUGCGUUGCUAAAGGAGAAAAUGAACCUGAGGAUGUCGCAAAAGAUCGACGAGCUCCUACGAAGAAUUACAGUCGGACUACUAAGGAAUAAAGAAAUCGAGUCUGAAAAGAUGCUCAUCUUCUGUUACGAGGUCGUCCAGGAGGGAUACAAGCAGGACUCAGCCGAGCCCCGAGAGAAAGGAUUUGACCCCAAGACGCAGCCAUACUUGGUAAAUCUAAAGGUUCCUUCGAAGGCCGCUUCUGGAGUAACCACUUCUUCGCACAUGUAUAAGCUUACCAGGUUCGCGCUGGAUCUUCUCAGGACCACACUGCAGAAACACGAUAGCCUAAUGACGCCGAGGAAUCUGGCAAACUUUGUUCCCGUGAUUGGGGACGCUUUUUUAUCGAAGCAUGAGGAGAUUCAGAUUUCUACGUUGCGAGUUCUAACGACCAUCAUUCGAACCCCUCUUCCCGCUAUUGACGAGGGUGCGGAGGUGUUUAUGGGGCAGGCACUGAGCUUUAUCAAGUCUUGUCCGUCAAUGAAUGUAGAACUUGCACAAGCCAGUCUGAAGCUGAUGUCGUCUGUCCUACGGGAGCGGAGGAGCGUCAAGAUCAAGGAACGUACAAUAGGGUAUCUACUCACCCGCGUGAAGCCCGACUUAGAAGAGCCCGACCGCCAAGGCGUCACCUUCAAUUUCCUUAAAGCAGUGCUGACCCGCAAGGUUGUUAUCCCGGAAGUGUACGACGUCCUGGAUAGUGUGGCUGCAAUCAUGGUCACAAACCAGACCCGCUCUGUGCGAGAUCUUGCAAGAGGCGUGUACUUCCAGUUCUUGAUGGAGUACCCCCAGGGUAGAGAUCGAUUCAGCAAGCAAUUGGCGUUUUUGGUUAAGAACUUGGACUACGUCCACCAGUCCGGCCGCCACUCCGUGCUUGAAGCGGUCAACCUCCUGUGCACAAAGGUAGGCGACAACCUCAUCCAGCAGAUCCUCAGUACCUUCUUCGUCCCAUUAGUCAUGCGCCUAAUCAACGACGACUCAUCCGAGUGUCGGGAAAUGGCCGGUGCAUUGCUCAGAAAGGUUCUCGAGCGCGCCGACGUAGACAACCUCUCGGCAUUCACGGGACUGGUGAAGAACUGGCUGGAUCAAGACCAGAAACCGCUCUUGGUCCGCUCAGCACUGCAAAUUUAUGGACUCCAUCUAGAUGUGUCACCAACCUGUGCGAAGGAAGACCUCCCAUUUGUCAUGGGGAAACUGCAAUCUAUCAUUCGAACAUCCAGCACCGACCAAAACGCGCACUGGGAGAAUUUAUACUUUUCCCUGCAGACGUGGGCCAAAAUCGUACUGCUCUUCCCAACGGCCGCGUUCUCGGUCGAUCAGGCGCCCGUAUGGACUUGCAUCCGCGACUGCCUGUCAUUCCCGCACGCUUGGGUCCGCCUCUCAGCGGCGCGCCUAACUGGCCUCCUAUUCGCGGAGUAUGCCGCCAAAGCCACCCUCAGCACAAUGCCACUAGACAACGGCGCUGGACUGACACUCUCGGCGGAAGCCAUGAUCCGCACCGCGCGCCGAACCUCCUCGCACCUGAAUUCCCCAGAGUUGAGCGAGGAAUUAGGACUUCAGGUGGUGAAGAACUUACUGUUCCUGGCAAGAUGCUUUCACGCCGCGGGGGUGGAGGCUAUAUCUUCCGUCCCUGUGAACGAUCCCGAACUCGACGACGUCGAGGAGGAGCAGCAGCAGCAGGAAGAGGGGAGAAGGUCGGCGUUGGAAUGGCUAGCUCAGAGAAUUUCCGCAAUCCUACGCAGCGAACGGAACAUAAAAAAGGGACUUCUAGGGAAGAGAUUUGCCUUGCAGUGGAUCGCCGCUUUGGUCCUGUUCCUCCCGAAGGAAGAUCUCGAACCGCUGGCAAAGAUGCUCAUAAGGCCGCUAUAUAACGUGCUAGAAGUAGGCGACAUGCACCUCAUGAAAGGUAUUUCUCCCCACCACCCCUCGUUUGGGAAUGAAGAAAGAAAAAAAAAGUACUCUCUAAUACAUGAUGUUUGGAUGCGUAGACCUCAAGCCAACUGCCCAAGAAGUCCAAUCUUCCAUCGCGGAAAAGCUAGGCACCACUUUGUUCGCUGUCAUCUACAGCCAGAUUAAGAGUGAAGCGCUAGACAGGAGGAGGGUCAGGAAGGGGAAGAGGGCGAUUCUGGUAUGCCCUCUUUCACUUUUCGUACGUAGAGGUGGGGUCGGACUGACAUUUCGUAGGCUGUUGCAGAUCCGGAGAAGGCUGCGGCGAAGAAGAUUAGAAAGCAUGAACGGAAGAGGGAAGUUAGGAAGGAAAAGGGAAAGGUGCAGAGAGAGGGGAGAUGGGGGAGGGGUGGCUAGUCUCCUUUCAUUGGAUGGGUGUAUUAUAGUCUUUUUCUUUCAUUUUCAUUUUUUUUUUUUUUCAUUUCCAUCCCAAAUCGAUACGAUAACGUUCGUGUUUAUCGCAUACGGUCUGUCAGUUAGUA